AUGGUCUCCCUCAUCAUCCAGCUUGCAAGCGAGGGCGAGAUCGAAGAAAGAAGAGUCGUGAGGGCGAGGAAUAGGAACCAGGCGAAUGCUUUGCACGAGGCCGCUAAAUAUAACCAUGCGAGCGUGGCCAAAGUACUGAUGGAGGAGGAUGCUGGACUGGCGUCAAUGCCGAAUAGUGUCGGCAUGUCUCUGCUCUAUCUGGCCAUCGUGACAGGAUCCCUCGAUGUAGCCAAAGCCUUGCUAUGGUCUUCCUCCUGGGAGAAUGCUUCUCCAGCAUCUUACGCAUGCCGAGAUUUUUCUUCUGGAGCUUCAGUGGGGGGGAUCACAAUAACAGUACCAAAGAAUGCUCCAACACAAGAAGAUACCGGCAGCCUCCUUGGAGUUCCACUGGAGGGGAACACGGUCCUCCAUAUAGUUGCUAGUCGAGGACAUCUCGAUAUUGCCGAGGAGAUUUGUCGUAGAGAGGUCUCUCUUUUAGCAACACCAAACAUGAGGCUCGAUACUCUAUUGCAUUGCGCUGCAAAGGCUGGGGAUGACAAGAUGGUCUCCCUCAUCAUCCAAUUUGCAAGCGAGGGCGAGAUCGAAAAAAGGAGAGUGCUGAGGGCGAGGAACAGGAAGGAGGCGAAUGCUUUGCACGAGGCCGCUAUAUAUAACCAUGCGAGCGUGGCCAAAGUACUGAUGGAGGAGGAUGCUGGACUGGCUUCAAUGCCGAAUAGUGUCGGCAUGUCUCCGCUCUAUCUGGCCAUCGUGACAGGAUCCCUCGAUGUAGCCAAAGCCUUGCUACGUGAUGUGGUCAAAGAGAAACUGACCGGCGAUGAUAAGUACAAAGAUUUCCGGAGACAGGCGAAUUUUGCCAAAAAUCGCGGGAUUGCUUCUGUGUUGAUUGCUACGGUCACAUUUGCUGCUGGUUUCACCGUCCCCGGGGGGUACGUAGCUGAUGAUCAUCCAGGCCGUGGCACAGCAGUUCUAGCAAAAGAGUAUGCCUUCAAGCACUAUGAAGAUGGUGAUCGUAGAAGUCAUACUAUGAAUUCAUUCAGCUUCAAGGAUGACUACGUCGUGCAAAUAGCAUGCAAUUUACGUAACAGAAUUCAAAAGCAAGUGCCGCAGGUUGAGCAGAAGGAGAAAAGUAGAAGGUACUUUUGGAUGCCCAUUUACAAGUGCACACAGAAAGUUUCUAAAGCCUAUGAAUGCUAG